UACCCUUUCAAAAGGGUAACUCUCUUUGCAACAAGUACCACUAGCGCCGCCCUGGUUUCUAAAUUCGGUACUUAAAUCUGUUUGACGUUUUGGAUCGUGCUCGUGCGUGGUGCGUGUUUUUCAAGUUUUCCAAGUUUUUCUUAAACUUUUAGAGUUGUUCCUGAAGAUUUUGGCCCCUCCGGUGGACCAUGCGCUGCACGAUCGAGAGGUUAACUAGUUUCCCGAUUGCCUGGAGUUCCGGAUUAACUUUUUGGGUGUUUCCUUUGCAACCACGACGUCUAACGGCCGAGUGCAAAAAACUUCCGUUGAUUGGCGCUGCUGGAGGUAGCGAAACGGGACCUGCAGAACCAGGGGCAGAACCCGAACCGGAAACGAGCGCAGAAUCAGAGCCAUCGACCGCCACCGGAGCCCGCUACGGAACUAUAACCGGAAAGCACCUGCUUCGGAACCAUCGGCUGAACCAGGACCGCAUCCAAGGCCCGAGGUGCCUUCCAAACCGGAACCGGAAAGCACUUCCGAGCCGGGAUCAUCCUCAGAAAGUACCUCGGAACCAGAAUACAGAAAGCGGAACUCAAAUCCAAGAUGAUUAAGCGUGCCACCGGAGACUCCCGCCCACCAGCGAGCAAGAACCCGAGCUAACAUUCGAGCUGGAGCCCAAAUCGAAACCCAAAUCAAUGCCGUCCUCUGAGUCGGAACCCAUGGCCGAAAUCACGGCCAAACCCAAACCAAAAACCACCAAC